AUGAGAUUCUUCGUCAUCGUUUCUGCUUUCCUCGCUGUUGCUCACGGAUUCCUCUUCGGUAUGGGAGGAGGCGGAGGAGGAGGAUGUGGAUGUGCUCCACCUCCACCACCAUGCGGAUGUGGUGCUCCACCACCACCUCCACCACCACCAGCUUGCGGUGGAGGAUGCGGCGGCGGCGGAGGAUAUGCUGCUCCACCUCUCCCACCCCCACCACCACCACAUGGAGGAGGAUAUGCUACUUCCUACGGAAAGAAGUAA